AUGGAGUCCCCCUCAGGCCCUGGGCUCAGAGGGCGUGUCCCCUGGGUGGGGCUCCUGCUGGCUGUCUCACUCUUAACCUUCUGGAGCCCGCCCGCCGAGGCCCAACCCAGGGUUGAAUCAGUGCCGCCCAAUGCUGCCGAAGGGAAGGAUGUGCUUCUCCGAGUCCACAGUCUGCCCGGGAGUCUCAUAGGCUAUGCCUGGUACAAGGGGGAAAGUGAGGACAGCAACCGUAAAAUUGCAUCAUAUGUAAUAGGCACUCAAAUAGUUUCCCACGGACCUGCAUACAGCGGUCGAGAGACAAUAUACCCCAAUGGAUCCCUGCUGUUCCAGAAGGUCACCCUGAAUGACACAGGAAACUACACUGUACUUGCCAUAAAGAAAGGUUUUAAGAGUGAGGAAGGAACUGGACAGUUCCAUGUGUACGCGGUGUUACCCAAACCCCACAUCACAAGCAACAACUCCAACCCCGAGGAGCACAAGGACCCUGUCCUGUUAACGUGUGAACCUCAGACUCAGGGCACCACCUACCUGUGGUUCAUCAACAGUCAGAGUCUCCCGGACAGCACCAGGCUGCAGCUGUCCAAGGACAACAGGACUCUCACUUUACUCCGUGUCACAAGGAAUGACACAGGACCCUAUGAGUGUGAAACCCAGAACCCAGUGAGUGUCGGCCGCAGUGACCCAUUCACCCUGAAUGUUCUCUAUGGCCCGGCACCCUUCCACUUCCCCUCAGACUCCCAUUACCCACCAGCAAACCUCAGCCUCUCCUGCCAAGCGGCCUCUAACCCGCCUGCACACUAUUCUUGGUUUAUCACUGGGAGGCCCCAGCCACCCACACAGGAGCUCUUUGUCCCCAACAUCACUGUGAAUGAUAGUGGAUCCUAUACCUGCCUGGCCCGUAACAAUGUCACUGGCCUCAAUAGGACCACAGUCAAGACUGUCACAGUCUCUGAGCCCGUGGGAAAGCCCUCCAUCCGAGCCAGCAACACCACAGUCACAGCACAUAAGGACACUGUAGUCCUGACCUGCCUCACAGAUGACACUGGGAUCUCCAUCAGGUGGUUCUUCAGUAACCAGAGUCUCCUGCUCACAGAGAGGAUGAAUUUGUCCCGGGACAACAGCAUCCUCACCAUAGACCCCGUCAGGAGGGAGGACGCUGGGUAUUAUCAGUGUGAGGUCUUCAACCUUGUCAGUUUCAAGAAAAGUGACCCGCUCAGGCUGGAUGUGCAAUCAGAACAAGAGCGCACUUGCUGCUCUGAGGGGGCCAUUGCUGGCAUCGUGAUUGGGGUCCUGGUCGUGGUGGCGAUGGGGUCCUCCCUGGGGUGUUUCCUGUACCUGAGGAAGACCAAAAGGGUCAGUGACUCGAGUGGCCUCAGACAACACCCACCCCCAGCGUCCACCCCUGGCCAGGGUCCCUCUGGAACCUCCUCCUUCCCGGGACCCCUACCCGGCCCCAGGACAGCCAGCCCCAUCUACGAGGAAUUACUAGACAUUAACACAGACGUGUACUGCAGGAUCAACCCCAGGGCAGACGGGGCUUCUUAG